AUGUUUUUUUUUGUAAAAACUGUUCUGAAAAAAUCGUCUCUAUCUCAUGCGAAAGUUGCUGAGUUAUUGCAAACUUCGCCGGAACAGUUGCAGUUGCUUUUGAAAGACUUCAAUUGGACUGUUCUGAUUCCUGCAUUCCCUCCUUUGAAUGAGGAAGGAAUAGAAAGAACCUGGCAAACCAUUAUCCAAGAGCUCAGCAGUUCUUUCUCUAACCAUCUUGACAUCCUUGACGAAUGUCAAGCCUGGAAUGCUGCAAUGGACGAGGUUAUGCCUUGUGUUCGGUUUUCGUUGCAUGAUUUGAUCUACUACACGAAAUCGCUGCGAGAAUGCAUUGAUAAGAAGACGCAAAUAAUUCAUUCUCGAUACAUAGAUAAGGCUAGGCUGGAAAGAAGGUUGUCUGCGAAAGGAAUUGUUGAUCAGGACACCUUUGACUUGAAUAGGUGUGCUAUUUAUAAGAGAAUAAAACGUGUGCUUUGGUCGAAAGACUCCACAGUGUUCCGACACUUGUGUUUCCCUCUGAAUGCUCGAGAGCGAUUUUCUUCAGAAAAGCUACAACUUCUCGAGGCCUGUUACCGUCGCUUGCGAACGCAUAUUGACGGCAAUGAGCUUAUGACAUCUCUACCAAGAGUGGCUUUCGAAGCAGAAUGCAUUAGUGAUGCUUUUGAAGGGAUACGUGCGAGGUUGCCAUCACGACCGCUUCUUGCAGAAGCAGCAGCAACUUUGAAGAGUGACACUGUUCCUCAGAAAUUGGCACGACGCAGUGACCCUUCCUUGGAUAAAGCAUACCGAGCUUCGUCAUUAAUUCCCGCCUUCCGCUUUAUGGGCAAGGAUGCUGCUGAACGCGAGCUUUCUUGGCAGCCGAAUGACUCUCUCAAAGACUCAGCUCGGCUCCGCUCACUAGAUCAGGAACACGAUAUGACUACAACUGAACACUGUUCUUACGACAUUUUCGGCGAUUUAGUUGACGAGACAAUUUUAGCUGGAAAUAUCAAUACAAACAAUCAUGAAGGAGAAACACUACCGCAACGCCGGGUUGUCCCGUCUUCUUCGCAUGCUCUUUCUGCUCAACAUUCACCAGAGCCUGAUAAGUUCUUGUCAGAAAAGGAAGAAAAUAGUUUCAAAGAACUCGAAAUUUCUAUCCCUUCUUCAACAAACGCAUGUCCGAAAAGUGCAAAAGUCCAAGAUGAUGGUUGUAUCAGCGAUCUGUUUUCAAAGGAGGGGUGGAUGAGAUUUUUAAAAUAG